ACUUACUGUCAUGCCACAACCCUAUGAGCAAAUAACUUUUUUUAGAAAAUAUAUAUUGUCGGUGAUAUAAAUCUCUCUUGUUCAGAGUUAGCAUGGAAUAGUCAUUGCCUCACUGGAGUCUGAGAAGGGUUCUUCAUGAUCCUAUUUAUUGAGUUGAAAAGGACCACUUUUCUGAAACAACUUGCAGAGAUUGUUACCACCACAGCACAACCAUGAAUUGUUGGAAUCUGAUUUAUGCAAUUGGGUUAUUCAAUCUGUGUGUGACAAGUACACUCAUUCAAGUCUCAUUUGGGAAAGCCUCAAACUUCAGCAGAUGUUGGUUCCCAGCAAUUUACAACUUUGGGGAUUCAAAUUCUGACACAGGAGCUGUUUCUGCAGCAUUCACUGGAGUGAAGCCUCCCAAUGGCAUAAGCUUCUUUGGAAGCCUCUCAGGAAGGGCUUCUGAUGGCCGUCUCAUCAUAGAUUACAUUACUGAAGAGUUGAAGCUGCCAUACCUGAGUGCAUAUUUGGACUCAGUUGGAUCAAAUUACAGACAUGGUGCAAACUUUGCAGUUGGAGGCUCUUCCAUUCGGCCUGGUGGUUAUAGUCCAUUCCCUCUUGGCCUUCAAGUAGAUCAGUUUCUACAGUUCAAGUCUCGCACCAACAUUCUCUUCAAUCAGCUUUCUGACAACAGGACAGAGACACCUUUCAAAAGUAGUCUUCCAAGGCCUGAGGACUUUUCCAGGGCCCUAUACACAUUUGAUAUUGGACAAAAUGAUCUUGCCUUUGGUCUUCAGCACACUUCACAGGAACAAGUUAUCAAGUCAAUUCCUGACAUUUUGAGCCAGUUCUUCCAAGCAGUGCAGCAACUAUAUUAUGAAGGGGCAAGAGUGUUCUGGAUUCAUAACACUGGUCCAAUUGGAUGCUUGCCCUACAGUUACAUUUAUUAUGAGCCCAAGAAGGGUAACAUUGAUGCAAAUGGCUGUGUGAAACCUCAGAAUGAUCUCGCUCAGGAAUUUAACAGGCAGCUCAAGGACCAAGUGUUUCAGAUAAGGAGAAAGUUCCCACUUGCCAAAUUUACGUAUGUUGAUGUUUACACUGCUAAAUAUGAACUAAUCAGCAAUGCAAGGAGCCAAGGUUUUAUGAGUCCGUUGGAGUUCUGUUGUGGCAGUUACUAUGGCUACCACAUAAACUGUGGGAAGAAAGCCAUAGUAAAUGGAACAGUAUAUGGCAAUCCAUGCAAAAAUCCUUCUCAACAUGUUAGUUGGGAUGGCAUACACUACUCUGAGGCUGCAAAUCAAUGGGUUUCUAAGAGAAUUCUCUAUGGCUCCUUCUCUGACCCACCAAUUCCAAUUGGGCAAGCAUGUUUCUGAGCACAGUUCAUCUGUUACUAGCUAGCUACUCAUAUUGAGAUAUAGAACCAUACAUUAUUGGGGCUUCACUCUUCACAUUGUUAUUUCAAUAAACAAGGAAUUUGUGUAAGAACAAUUUGAAUGGCAUGCACAUAACAGUGCCUAAUUUAUGUUGUGGAAAAAGCUAGUGUAGCUUAGUUUCAUGUGAGGUCACACUGCAACGGCUCAACUACCAGAAAAUGUUCAUAUGUCUAAAGGAUUGGAAUUUGGAAGAGAUAAUUUGUUGUUCAUCCAACCAAUAUAAUGGAUUUUAGUACA